AUGAUUGUGAACGUCGAAAAGCGACUGGAAGAUGGGUUCGUGGUCAAGUUCGAUUAUUACGAGUAUAAUCAAGAUCAAUACAGACAAAGCAAUACUCCCUUUAAAUGUAUAGAGGAGGGGUACCAUCCCGAUCCGUAUGACUGUAGAGUUUAUUAUAGAUGCGUAGAUUGGGGCAACGGCAGCCCGCUGACGACCUUCAAAUUUGAAUGCGGAAUAGGUACAGUGUUCUCGAAGGAUAAGGGAGAUAUUUGUACGCAUCCAGAAGAUAGUGGUCGGCCUGAAUGCGGCAGCUCCGAAAAUGAACUCGAUUCAAAUGUACAAGACCCUCCUCCUAUAUGGACAACAACAAUACGGCCAACUGUGUCGUCACAAUCAACUAUAAUACAGUCUCCAAUAACUAAACCCUCUACAAUCACGACUGAAGCUCCGACAACAAUAAAAAAACCAGAAACAACAAUAUUACCACCAUUAACAAAUCGACCAGCAACAGGCGAACCGGAAGAUAACACUAUUAAUUGUCAAAAUGAAUACCAAAAAUGUACACAAGAAGGAUUUUUAGCUGAUACAUGUGAUUGUAGAAAAUUCUACAGAUGCGUAAACAAUGGUUAUGAAAAGUUUACAAAAUACGAUUUUAAAUGUGGCGUAGGAACUGUUUGGGAUCCAGAAAUUCAAGCAUGUAAUCACGCUUGGGCUGUUACAAGGAAAGAUUGUAGGCAGAACUUGGAAAGUGGAGAUAAUAAUGGACAAUGGAACGGUGACAAUGGAAAUAACAAUGGACAAUGGAAUGGUGAUAUUGGUAGUCCAGGACAACCUGGAAAUCCGAAUGGCCAACCAGGACAACCAGGAGAUCCAAAUGGCCAACCAGGACAACCUGGAGAUCCGAAUGGCCAACCAGGACAACCAGGAGAUCCAAAUGGCCAACCAGGACAACCUGGCGAUCCAAAUGGCCAACCAGGUUCGCCGGGUAGACCAGGUUCUCCAGGAUAUCCUGGAACACCAGGUUCACCAGGUACUCCAGGUACUCCAGGUUCUCCGGGCAGUCCAGGUUCUCCGGGAUAUCCGGGAACACCGGGCUCUCCAGGCACUCCAGGUUCGCCUGGUAGUCCAGGCUCUCCAGGCACUCCAGGUUCGCCGGGUAAUCCAGGCUCUCCAGGCUCUCCAGGUAGUCCAGGUUCUCCAGGAUAUCCGGGAACACCAGGCUCUCCAGGCACUCCAGGUUCUGCGGGCAGUCCAGGAACUCCAGGUUCGCCUGGUAGUCCAGGCUCUCCGGGAUAUCCAGGAACACCCGGCUCUCCAGGCACUCCAGGUUCGCCGGGUAGUCCAGGUUCUCCGGGAUACCCGGGAACACCCGGUUCUCCAGGCACUCCUGGUUCGCCGGGUAGACCGGGCUCUCCAGGUUCUCCAGGUAGUCCAGGUUCUCCGGGAUAUCCGGGAACACCAGGCUCUCCAGGCACUCCAGGUUCUGCAGGCAGUCCAGGCACUCCAGGUUCUGCGGGCAGUCCAGGCACUCCAGGUUCGUCUGGUAGUCCAGGCUCUCCAGGAUAUCCAGGAACAUCCGGUUCUCCAGGCACUCCAGGUUCUCCGGGUAGACCGGGCUCUCCAGGUUCUCCGGGUAGUCCAGGUUCUCCGGGUAGUCCAGGUUCUCCGGGUAGUCCAGGUUCUCCGGGAUAUCCGGGAACACCGGGCUCUCCAGGUUCGCCGGGUAGUCCAGGCUCUCCUGGGAAUCCAGACUCCCCAAAUUCAUCUGGUAAUCAACCGUCAACAGGUAUUUGUACAGUAGAAGGCUUUUUCGCUGAUCCACAAGAUUGUCGCAAAUUUUAUCGAUGUGUCGAUAAUGGUAUGUCCUCCUUUAUAAAAUACGACUUUCAAUGCGGCGUUGGAACCGUCUGGGAUUCGUCUAUUCAGAGUUGCAAUCAUGCUUAUGCUGUACCACAUUGCAAUAAUCAAGCAAACGGUGCAGUUACAGACAAACCCGGCACAUCGAUGAAUGAAGUGAAUAGUACCAUUGGACCAGAUACAAGCAAAUUACCACCGGAAUCUUCUGAAAGCUCGACUUUCCCAACAUCUUCAAAACCAGAGAUACAAUCUUCAACUCAACCUGAUAGUACUACAAAUAAUCCUAUUGCAUCAUCUCAGACGACGUCAACUUCUUAUUUGCCACCUAGUAGUACAUACUCGUCUUCAACAAUGCUUGUUACCGAAUCUGUUUCUUAUGUUCCUCCUGCAUCCCAAAUGACCACUACAUCUGUAUCUUAUUUGCCACCCUCGACUACUACCAGUGAAAUAUCUGGAUCUACAUCUGAAUCAGUUUCAUAUUUACCACCUGAUAAUACUACAACAACUUCACCUCAGAAUGAAAACUCCAAAUGUACUAAAGAAGGUUUCUUUCCGGAUCAUGAUAACUGCAAAAAAUUCUAUCGUUGUGUUCAAGACCAGUCCGGAUAUCAAAAAUAUGAAUUUGAAUGCGGUCCUGGCACUGCAUGGGAUCAAUUAAUACAAACGUGUAAUCAUAUUGAUAAAGUAGCUUCAUGUUCAACAGAUAGUAACGAAAUCGAUCAAGGCCUUGGUUCCAGUACUCCUACAUCUGAACUUCCUGCCAUGAGUAGUUCCACAACUACUGAUUCUAGUCAAACUACAUCUUCAAUUCCAAUAUCUACUGAAAGUACUACAUCCGAAACAUCCACUGAAUCAGACAAAACAGACUCGUCAUCAACAACAAGUACUACUACAUCCAUUAGUAGUAGCGAAAAUCCUGCUUCAGAAUCACCUGAAGAGGCUCAAAUGCCUGGAAGUUCCAGUACGGAAAGUUCGUCCGAAUCCUCAUCUCAAUCUACUUCUGGAUUAAAUGAAGGAUCUUCUUCAUCUACAGAGUCACAUGCACCAGAUUGUGCAACACAAAAACCGAGCAAUGCAAUAAUAUGCAAUAAUGAAGGAUUUUAUCCGCAUCCGAGUAGGUGUGAUAAAUUCUAUCGCUGCGUCGAUAAUGGCAAUGGUUUCAACGUCUAUCAUUUCGACUGCGCACCAGGCACUAUUUUUGAUCCCAGCAUCAAUGUAUGUAAUUAUCCUGAAUCUGUUUAUCCCACAAGAGACUGUACGACUGGAAAUACUUCAAGCAAUGUAGAAUCCACAACUCAAUCCGGAACGUCUGAACAAUCAACAUCAAUGGAAACUACUACUGUAACACAGAGCACUCAGCAAACAGAAGAGAGUACAAGCACAUCAACAGAGAUUGGUACAACGACUUCAUCUACAGAGACCACUUCAGAAGAAAACGCUCCCGCUUCUAGUACAGAAUCAACAACAUCAAAUAUACCAGAGAGUAGCGAAAGUAUGACAGAGUCUACUACUGAAUCAACUACUGACACUACAGAAACCGCUAGCACUGAACAGAGUAGCGAAGCUACAACUGAAGCUGCCGCUUCUACAGAAUCCGGAACGUCUACGACUGAGAUGCAGUCUACGGAAUCCCAGGAACAGUCGACAACUGAAGAAUCAAAAGAACCGUCUACAGAAACUCAAGAACAAUCAACGACUGAACAAUCCACGACAGAAUCUCAAGAACAAACAACGACUGAAUUAUCAGAAUCGACAACAGCAGAGCCAGGAGGCGCAACACCUUGUCUUAUAGGCAAUUUAACUGAUGAGCAAAUAACUCUGGUUUGUCCCACUGGUUUCCGAAGACAUCCGAAACAUUGUAAUCUAUUCUAUCAAUGUUCUUCCGAAGGCAACAUGGAAAUAAAGAUUCUCGUGUUGAGCUGUCCCGAAGACACUAUUUUUGAUGAGAAAAAGGUUCAAUGUUUACCCGAAAGUGAAAGCAGUCAAUCAUGCAUGGGAACCAGAACAAGCGCCAGAUUUUAUAGAAGAUUAGAAGACCAUGCUUCAUCACUCGUAAAGGUAUCGUCAAAUCAACUUUGUCCGCAAGAAGGACAUUUUCCUUACCAACAAGGUUGCAGUAAUACCUUUUACAAGUGUAAACGCGAUAGCCAAAACAAUUUACAGGGAUACCUCUAUAAAUGUCCCGAAAACUUUGUUUAUUGGUCGGUUUCCAGAAGAUGCGAACGUAUGACACGUCUCCCAAUAUGUUCGCAUUUGUCUUACAAAAACAAAAUUGACUGGAACGAUCGAUGGCAAAUCCCGAUAGAACAUUUCAAUCUUUCCGCCAGAAUGUUACACUUCUCUUGA